GUCACAUCGCUAGAAAUGAAAAUUUAUCAACAAACGACGCCGCGCUUUUAUUUGAAACUUUCUGCAUUUCCAUUGUUUGUUAAUCAUAAUAUCGCUAAAUAAUUAACUAAAAGAUGAGCAACAAGAGCACGCCAGUGCGGCAGCGCAUCCAGCAAUUCCAAACACGUGGUAGCACCGGAAUGGUGCAGAAAUCGACCCCGGCGUCAGAUGCCAGCGGAGGACUACGGAAAAGAGUCUUAACAAAGACGCCACGGCAGAGCAGCGAGGAGCGGACGCUCCUGAAUACAGCGUUCAGCAAUGCCGUGAAAUCACCGCUGCAGCCUAAGCUCAAACCCACAGCCUUGAAUGCCUGCUAUACGCCAUCCUCUCUUUAUAGACCCACGCCCGGGAGGAUGAAAACGCCGAGUGGAAAGUGCAGCUCAAGCAAGCCCAAGGACACGAUGAUGGACUCCUUUCACAGCGUAUCCGAGGAGAGCAACAUGAUUGUGGCCGUUCGUGUGCGCCCUCUGAAUGCCCUGGAAUGCACCCGCGGUCAGGUCACCAAUGUGGUGCAGGUCCACGGCACCAGCAACGAGCUCACUGUUCAGGCAGGCAGCAGUGCCGAUGCCUCUGCCGGUGUGACGCACUUCUUUAGCUACGACCAAGUGUACUACUCCUGCGAUCCCGAGAAGAAGAACUAUGCUGGCCAGGCGAAAGUCUUUGAGGGUACAGCCGGGCCGCUGAUAGAGACCGCCUUUGACGGCUACAAUGCCUGUCUGUUUGCCUAUGGACAGACAGGCUCGGGCAAAUCUUACAGCAUGAUGGGCAUAGAGGCUCUCGAUGAUGCCGCCUUAGAUGGCGGACCACCACAUGACGAGGCUGGGAUUAUUCCCCGUUUCUGCCACGAACUAUUCCGUCGGAUAGAGGCCCUCAAGGCAGAGCAGCAGCUCCAGGUGGAGGUGGAAGUCAGCUAUUUUGAGAUCUACAACGAGAAGAUUCACGAUCUGUUGAGUGUGCAGCAUGCGUCAGCUUCUUCGGUGGACUCGACGCCCGUGCAACAGCAGCGACCGGCUCUAAAGGUGCGAGAGCAUCCCAUUUUCGGGCCCUAUGUGGUGGAUCUGAGCGCCCACUCGGUGGACUCCUAUUCUGCUCUCCGCAAUUGGCUGGCGGUGGGCAAUUCGCAGCGUGCCACCGCCUCCACGGCCAUGAAUGACAAGAGCUCGCGCUCCCACUCCAUCUUUAACAUUGUGCUGAACCUUACCGAUCUCUCCAGCGAUGAUGGCCUGUCCUCGGACACUGAUUCGGAGAGCGUGCCCUCGCUGCGUCAAACACGCAGGAGCAAGAUCAGUCUCGUGGAUCUGGCUGGCAGCGAGCGCAUUAGUGUAUCCGGCUCGAAUGGCGAGCGCAUACGCGAGGGUGUCAGCAUCAACAAGAGCCUCCUGACGCUGGGCAAAGUCAUUGCUGCCCUGGCAGAUGGACGCAAGGCGGGCGGCGGCCACAAUGGUCCCUCCACGCCCAGCACCUUUGUGCCCUAUCGAGAGAGCGUGCUCACCUGGCUACUGAGGGAAAAUCUUGGCGGCAAUUCAAAGACCGUUAUGCUGGCCACCAUCUCACCCGCCAGCCUGCAUGCAGACGAAACUCUGGCCACUCUGCGCUACGCCUGCAAGGCGCGCUCCAUCGUUAACCGCGUGAAGGUUAACGAGUCCCCGCACGACAAGAUUAUCAGGGAUCUUCGCGCCGAAGUGGAUCGCCUGAAGUCGCUGAGGAACGAGUACGAACGACAGCGACGAUUGUCGGGCAACAACAGCAAUCCAGCGCCCCGAAAGAUCAUCAUAGAGACCUCUGUGGAUGAGUCUGAGGUGGAGGGGCUGCGCCAACAGUUGGCCGAGCGCGAGCGGGAGCUGAGUCGUGCCCAGAAAUCGUGGAUGGAGAAGUUGCGCGAUGCAGAGGAUCAACGCAAGUCCGAGUUACGUUUGCUCAGGCGCAAAGGACUGGCCCUGGAGCUGACGGCGGACCAGAAGCAGGCGUGUCUGGUCAAUCUGACCGCAGAUCCCAUACUGAGUGGCACGCUGUUCUAUCUGUUGCCCCCUGGUCUGGUGCGCAUAGGACGCGGCCGUCUGCCGGGGUCGGCCAACUCCCAGCCAGACAUUGUCCUGGACGGUCCUCUGGUGGCGCUGCAGCAUUGCAGCAUCGAGCAUGAGCGCAGCGGCAAACUGUAUGUCAUUCCGGGCAGCGAGGACUUUGAGACCUAUUUGAAUGGAGAACUAGUGGCCGAGAGACGACAGCUGUUCCACGGCGAUCGAUUGGUGAUCGGUGGCUCCCACUAUUUCCGCAUUUCCAAUCCGUUUUGCUCACACAGAGCCAAGGCCGAGCAGCUGGUGGACUUUCAGCUGGCUCACCAGGAGAUCCUGCAGAAGCAGGAGCAGCAGCUACGCUCCGAGCUGGAGGCCGAGAAGCUUGCUGCUCUGACUCGCAUCGAGCAGGAGCGCGCCCAGCAUGCCAGAGACUUCGAGGAGCGGCUGCAGUGCCUCGAACUGGAGCAGUUCAAGUAUCAGUGCAACAGCGAGAUGCUGGAGACGGAACGUCAGGUUUUGGCCCAAGCCCAAAAGGAGCAGCAGACGCCGCUCAAAGAGACGGGCGCUGUGUCCACGCCAGCCCAGAAGUCCACCCUGCUGGAGGACAUACAACGCAUCAUGCUGAACCCCAGCGAGGAGAGCCUACACAAGACCCAACUUAUGGUGAAAGAAGCCACCCAACGAUGUCGCCAGCUGGGCGUGCAGCUGGAGUUUCGGCAAACCCAAGCUCCCGACGAAUUCGGACUGCUGCGAACGGUGAUACUGCUGUUGGACAAGCAGCGUGGUCUCAAGGCCGAGUGGCCCAUUGCCCGACUGGGCGUCUGGCUGGAUUUGCUUCGGGAUGAUCACACGCUGAAUGCACGCACGAUCUUUCAGAGCGUCGAGGUGGACUGGGAGCCCUUGGAUGCCGAUCUGAAUGAGACUCUGAGCGAUGCGCACAAUUCUAGUCGAAUUGCCUUGAACCUAAGUGCCAUGCUGAAGCAGCCGCUAAAGAGGCUGCUGAACGUCUCCACGAGUAGCAACACACCACGUCAGACAUCCACACCCUCUGGCAAGACCCCUGUCAGUCCCUCGCCACGCAGCAAAUUGGUACAAUAUACCAAGCGUCUGUUAACCUACGACCCCGAGGAGACGACACCCGAGGGCAGCCAAUUCCAAACGCUCGUGCAGCAGGAGCUGCAGUUGAUGCAGGGAUCGGCCUUGCGGCUGAAGCGUUACUGCGAGCACGCUCUGCACGAGCGCGAGAACCAGGAGGACAAUGGAGUCCUACCUGUGAGCCUACAGGAGGCUCUGACACGACUGGACAGUGUGCUGCACGGCAUGCGCAGCUCACUGGCACAGUGCGAGGCGGCAGCCGGUGCCAGCUCACCGACAAAGACACCGAAAGCCGUGCGCUUUCUUAUCGAUUGACUUGACUUGACGCUUAGUUCGCACCUUGAACUACAUUUUAACGUUGCAAUGUGCUGCUUGUGUUUUUGUUUUUAUGUUUUUAAAUA